GUAACCCACAGUUUGACUAGCUUGCCGCUACAAGCAGCCACACGUCAAUUUCUAACUAGUGAGGGUGACGACCAAUCCCAACGCAAACAUCUUUUCCUCGUUGGCGAACGAUAUCAAGGCAGAUGUCGGAAAGUGAGGAAGAGUCAGAAUUUGAUGACGAAGAGGAAUACGACGAUGAAAAUACGGAGCUUGGUGAAGAAGAGAACGAGAAGGAAGACGGAGAAACUGAUAAGGACGUUGAGGAAGCUGAACAUGAGGGGGGCGAAGAGAAAGGAAGUGUAGCAAGUGGCGGCUUUGAUGCCGAAGUGGGUGAGAAGGCGAAGCCAAAAGAAAUGCCAAAAGAAACCCCACUGACAAUCGACCACGUCAAGGCAGGCAUCUCUAUGCUAUGCAAAACGGGAGAUGGUCUGGAGAUUGCAUACGUCAAGCUUGUAGCUCAAGGCCUGGAGCUCACCAACGUCUUUCUUCUUUCCACGUACAUACAUCUGCGAUACGUUGAUCUAUCGAACAACCAACUCACUUCUCUUUAUCCUCUGCAAAACAUGCGAUUUCUGGUAUCUCUAAAAGUGUCCUAUAAUAAACUGACAUCGGCGCAAUUAUCAAAUUUCCCAUUUCUUCAGUUUCUAGAUUUGACUGGAAAUUUGAUAAAAAAUACGCAAGGCAUCAAACAACAGUCAUUGGAAAAGCUCAUUUUGUCAAAGAACAAAUUGGACAGCCUGCAAGAUAUGACCGCGGACAAUCUACCUAACCUGAUCCACCUAAAUAUAACCCAGAACUCUCUUAAAAACCUUGAUGGCUUAGAGCUACCGACACUGAAGAACCUGUACGCCGCAAGGAAUAAACUGAAAUCGUUGGCCGGGCUAUCUCGUCUGACAUCUUUGGCCAGGCUGCACUUGAGGGACAAUCGGAUUAACUCGCUGGCCGGGCUGGACGACGACAAUACGUCACUGGAGUACCUUAACAUCCGUGGAAACAACGUAGAAGAUGUAGAAGAGCUUUAUGAGCUUAGACGUCUACGCAAGCUGAAGGUCAUUGUAGUCGAGGAAAAUCCAUUCUCGGACGAGUCGGACGCGUACCGCGUGGACGUCCUGGUGUACGCGCGCCGCUUGGAGCGCAUCGACAAGGAGCCGGUGGAGGAGGAGGAGCGCGAGGAGGCGACUGACCUGUACCCGCAGCGCGAGGAGGACCGGCUGCUGGCGGCCGACGACAGUGGGGGCAGCCAGCAGGAGGAGGCGCCGGACGAGCUGGACGGCGAGACCGGCAACGAAGACGAGGACGAGGAGCAGGAGGGCUAA